GCGGAUUUCCAUCUCGCCAACGCGAAUGCGUCUGGAAGGGCCAGAUGUGAAUAUUAUUUCGAGUUACAGAUAGAAGAUAGAAAUUUACAUGUGCCGAUAUUGGUAGUUGGCACUAAAGCAGACCUCGUAAAGCAAGAAUUAACCGGUGGACAAAGACGAUACAGCAUUGUUGAUGAAUAUGGGUUAACGUGCACAACGCAUUUUGCACGAGGUUCAAUAGCUGUCGAGAAGAUCAACGCGUUUUUCGAAAAGGUGAUUGACAAGAAAUUUCAGAGUCCAGCGUUUGAACCAAUAGGGAAAGUUCAAUCUGAUGAAUUAGAUUUCAGCUGGUUCACGUUAAAUGAUUUUUUUGGAUCUGGCAGGCCAUGA